AUCCUCAGUAAAAACGGGCCUCAGCAGAAGGAGCCCAGCGCUCUGACGUCAGGAAUCCUGGAAAAUUAAACACUCAGGACGUUUCAGUGGAAAGAAACGGUCAGUAGCAGUGGACCAGCAUGAGGCUCAGAAGUGUCUAUCGUUCCUCUGGUUUUAUUCUCGCCAGCUUAAUCCUUUGCUGUAUCUGCAGUGUGAAUGGAGACUACUGCGAGGUGAACGUGUGCCAUAAUGGAGGCACGUGUGUGACUGGUGUAGGAGAGGAGCCCUUCAUCUGCAUCUGUGCUGAAGGAUUUGCAGGAGACACCUGCAACACCACAGAGAGUGGUCCAUGUAGCCCCAGCCCAUGUAAAAACGAUGGCGAAUGUGAGGUGAUUGAGAGGUCUAGACGAGGAGAUGUUUUUAAUGGCUACGUCUGCAAGUGCCCGCCCGGCUUUGAGGGCGUCAACUGCCAGAUCAAUGUGAAUGACUGUACUAACCAGACCUGUCAGAAUGGGGGCAAAUGCCGAGACCUGGAUGGAGACUACACCUGCCAGUGCCCUUCGCCCUAUGUAGGCAAGAAUUGCCAACUAAGCUGUAUCUCUCUGUUAGGAAUGGAAGCGGGGGGUAUUGUGGAGUCCCAGAUCUCAGCGUCUUCAGUAGACUUUGGCAUUCUGGGGCUCCAGCGCUGGGGUCCUGACCUCGCACGCCUCAACAAUCAGGGCAUGGUCAACGCCUGGAGCUCAGCUCCUCAUGACAAAAAUCCCUGGAUUGAGAUCGACUUGCAGAAGAAGAUGCGUCUCACUGGCAUCAUCACUCAAGGGGCCAGUCGCAUAGGGACCGCUGAAUUCAUCAAGGCUUUCAAGGUGGCAUCAAGCUUUGAUGACAAGGUCUACACAAUGUAUCGAAAUGACGGCCAGAAGAAAGACAGGGUCUUUGUUGGGAACGCUGAUAAUGAAAGUACCAAGACAAACCUCUUUGACCCCCCGAUUGUGGCCCAGUUCAUCCGCAUCAUCCCUGUGGUGUGCCGCAAAGCAUGCACCCUGCGCAUGGAGCUGAUUGGCUGCGAGCUCAAUGUGCUCUCCGGUGCGGUUGGUUGCGUUGAGCCUCUGGGUAUGAAGUCUCGUCUAAUCUCAGACGGCCAGAUAUCAGCUUCUAGUGUUUUCCGCACCUGGGGUAUAGAUGCAUUCACGUGGCUCCCCCAUUUUGCUCGCCUGGACAAGCAGGGCAAGACUAAUGCCUGGUCUGCAGACUUCAAUGACCGCUCAGACUGGCUUCAGGUGGACUUGGAAAAGCCUAAACGAAUCACAGGCAUCAUCACUCAAGGAGCCAAAGACUUUGGUGUUGUGCAGUUUGUGUCUGCCUUUAAGGUUGCUUACAGUGACGAUGGCCAAUCAUGGACAGUUAUAAAAGAACAACAAAGCAACAAAACAGACAAGGUUUUCCCAGGCAACAUCGACAACAACACACACAAAAAGAACUUAUUUGAGCCGCCUUUCAUCGCCCGGUUUGUGCGCUUCCUGCCCUGGGAGUGGCACGAACGCAUCACCCUGCGGAUGGAGCUCCUAGGCUGUGAUGUUUAGUGACCAUGUGGAGGACCAGAGGCCGUCUGACCCCUCCGUUUGACCCCUGACCCACUUCUCAUGUUCCUGCUAACCUGUGUUCUACACAGGGGGUAGCACAGUCUCUGUUUGUUAAUGCAUUUAGAGUAAACUCUACUGACUGCGUUGUCUUGAUGGCUUAAAGCCUGUAACAGAUUCAGAAUUACAUAACAGCUUUCCUUUUUCUAUCCUCCUAACGCUGUUAAUAUGCUUCUAAUGUUAAUAUUUGCACUUUCUACCAAUUUUGUACUGUAUGUUGUUGACGUUGCUGAGGUUACCACACGAGGAAAGUAGUAUGAACUUUUAUCUAAUGAAAGAUACGUAUUACAAUUAUGUUAUAAUACUUAGCAACCAUGCACUCAUAAAAUAAAGGGUACAAUAAGGGUUCUUUGGAGCAGCACCAUAGAAAAGCUACUUUCUGUUCUCUAAAGAACCUUUUAGUGGGUGGUUCUAUAGUGAACCAUUAUUAUAAGUGAGAUGUGUGAAGGUGAAGAACUUUUUUAAAACUUAACCUCUAUAUAAUGGAUGGUUCUGUCCCAACUUUUUUCUCGCAACGCUGUAUCCCAGCCAAGAACCAUUUAGGAACCUUUAUUUUGAAGAGUGUUCAAACAAAUUGUGCAGGUGCCACAAAUGGUUCUUUGACCAAUGCUGUACAACCACUGCUUUCGAUUACCUAAAGCAUCAUGUAAAAAAGAGAUUUGUGUGAAGAACCUUUUAAAGAUUUACAGAACACAUAAUAUAAAUGUUCUUCACCAGUUUGAGGGUUCUUCCUUGAAACUUUACAUUAUCUGCAGGGUCUGUAAAUUUAAAAAGGUUCUUCACACUUAAACAUCUCAUUUACAAAAAUGGUUCUCUAAAGAAAGCAGUGGUUCUCUGGGACUCCCAAAGGUCCAGAUUUUUGCUUCAACAUAACUUGCAACACAAAAAAUGUGGACCAUCAUGGGGGUCCCUGAAGACCACUUUGAGAAGCACUGCUUUAGAGAAUGAAAAGUAGUUCUUCUAUUGCAUCUCACAAAGAACCUUUCUGCUACCUUUAUUUUUAAGAGUGUAAUUUUCACUUUUUAUGCUAAAAGUUUCAGAUAUGGAUGCUUCGACCUGACGGUGCCUCAAGCACAUCCAAAUUUGACCCCCCAUUAUCAGCAUGGUGUCCAGUGACUCCUUGCUUGUGGUUAUUUUUACCUUUAGAUUUUAAAGAGUGGAAGCUCUUUGAUGAUGUUUGUAAUCAGACUAUAAAGUCAGGGAUUGUGCAAUAAAUGGAUAGAAAACAACAAAUAAAUAUUGUAAAAAGAGUUUGAUCAAGAAAGGGAGAAAUAAACAUUUGCUAUUAUUAUUUUAAUCAGUUGCUAGGUCUCAAAAAUGUCUCAGCAUAUUACACUGAAGCAGCAACGUUUGCAUUAUUAGCACCUGUAUUCCUACAUUUCUGUUCUUUUUAGUAUGUUUUCUAAUAUAGAUUGCAAUUUAUUACUUUUUAUUUAUUGACAGUUUCAACAACCAAAUUCUGUCCGCACUGUAGAAUGUUUUUGUUUUUUUCUACCUUUUUGUAAAAUACAUCAUUAAUAAAUGAUUUAAGGAC